GGUCGCUCAUCACGGCUUCCACCGCCCAUCGCUCCUGCCACCCAUCGUCCAUCGUCCAUCGUCCAUCGCCCUGCACCGUCUCUCCCGCUCACUCCCACAAUGUCGCUCUAUGGCGAUCUGCCUCCGCCAACCGGCGGCCCCUCGGCCUCGUCGGGCUCGUCCGCCGGGCUCUACGAUGCCUUCACGCCCGCAAAGUCUGCAUCAUCUUCGUCGACAGCAGCCGACGACAAGAAAAAGAGCGCAAUGCCAGGCUGGCUCGCCCUCGAUCGUUCGCUGCAGCCAACUCUCAACAAAAAGGCCGGCCUUCCCAAGCCCAAGGUCCCUGUCUUUCGACCCACCAUCUCGGCCGCUGCUCAAGCAGCGUCGCUUGCCGGCGAGCCCAAAUCGCAGCCGCUGUCCAACUCGACAACAGCGGCCAAACCCGUCGUCGGCGACUGGCACUCCAAGAAAAAAGCUCAGGGCAAGCGACCUGCACCAAUGUCCCUGGACGACGAAUACGAUCCGAGCCGGCCAAACGAGUACGACGCAUUUAAGCAGCAACUCAAGCAGCGGAAGGAGGAAGAGAAAUUCAAAAAGUUCCAGGAGGAUCAGCGAAGGAACAGUCGCCGAUCACCGAGUCCCGACAGAACGUUUCCGUAUUCAGCUCGAGCCGAGCCUCUGCGGGAUAUCCCCCCUCGGCCGAUGCCCACAGUCCCGACACCUGUGGCGACAUCAGCAGCCACGCGUCCGAUGGACAUGGAUCUCUCGGGCGAGGAUGCCUAUCUGCGCCGAAUGAGGAUGAGCAACUCGGCCCCGACAGAGCCGGUCUCGCUGGCAAGGCCCGAGUCAAUUCGCACCGCGGCCCCACCUGAGCAAAACGACGUGGACACCAGCGGAAGAUCCCUGGGUGUGUUUGAGUCAGCACUGGCCUCUUCAACUGCACAAGUGAUGGGCGCACCGCAGAUUCCCCAGCAAGAGCCAGAAGGAGCUGCCGGGCCAACUACAGUGCUGCUGCUCACCAACAUGGUCGGUCCUGGAGAAGUCGAUGACACGCUGCAGGAUGAAACAGCAGAAGAGUGUUCCAAGUACGGCCAAGUGGAGCGCUGUCUGAUCUUUGAGGUUCCUGAUAAGCAAGUUCCCGAUGACAAGGCUGUGCGUAUCUUUGUCAAGUUCAAGCAAGUCGCAUCUGCUGUCCAGGCGCUCAAUAAUCUGAACGGGCGAUACUUUGGAGGCCGCACAGUCAAAGCCAUAUUCUUUGAUCCGGCUCGAUUCGACCGAUACGACCUCGCCCCACAGCUUUGAGGACAGCCCGCAGUCGAAUCGCUCUGGAGACUGGCGUGCUGACUCCCAGAGUGACGAAAGAGCCCUUUCACGAGCAUUACACUUCCACCAAACGGCUGUUGUCUCC